UUCUUCCCUGCAGUCCUCAUCAAUACCGUUUACUUCCCUUUCCAAUUUUCCUUCCCUCGCGCCCUUUCCCGCCGCUAAUCGCUCCACAUUCCCUCCUCACACCUAGACACCGCCCACCAAAACCCCCACCAAAACACAUCCGGGAACAAUUUGCCAAAACUCCAGCACUUUCCCCCAUGUCCAGACAAGUGCUCUUACAUCAUUACACACACUACACUCACUAAACCCACUCUCAGAAACACCAUCAUGUCCCCUCUUCCUCUCCCCCUCCUCCUCCUCCUCCUCCUACUCCCCACCGUCUCCUUCUCCCUCUCCAUUCCUUACCCCUAUAAUUUUUCCCUUCACAUCGACUGUGGAGGACUGACGAACUCCACCGAUGUCUUCGACACCACUUGGAUUUCCGACCGGUACUACACCGGCGGAGCUACUGCGGUAGUUUCCGAGCCACUCCUCUUUACUCACCAGCAAGAAAAGACUCUCCGCUACUUCCCAAUCUCAUCCGGGAAAAAGAAUUGUUAUAGUGUUAAAGAAGUUCCUCCCGGAAAAUACUUCCUCCGGACUUUCAUCGCCUACGAUAACUACAACGGCAAGUCUCAUCCCCCCUCCUUCGACGUUGCCGUUGAAGGGACUUUGGUGUUUUCUUGGAGGUCUCCUUGGCCGGAGUCCAUUUCGAGAUACGGGGCCUACUCGGAUCUUUUUGUCACCUUCUCGGAUUCCGAUGCUGACGUGUGUUUUUACAGUAUUGCCACUGAUUCUCCCGUCAUUGCUUCUUUGGAGCUUAUCCAAGUUGACACAGACGCUUACACUUUGGGCAAUGGGAAUGGCUUUAGUAAUUCUUCAAUCUUGGUGAAUUACGGGAGGAUUUCGUCCGGAUCGGGUCAGUGGGGACCCGGGUUUUCAAACGACACUGACCGGUUCGGCCGGUCGUGGCAAUCGGAUGCUAAAUUCUUGCCUAGACGUGGAAAGAUUAGAGCAAUUUCCGCGAUAAGAGAUGUCAUCAACGUUGAGAAAGAACCGAACUUUUUUCCCUUGAAAUUGUACCAGACAGCUACAAUUUUGGUAGGAGGGGAUGGAAAAUCCGGGGAUUAUCUGGGGUAUGAAUUGCCUGUGGACGCGAAAUUGGAUUACUUGUUAUGGUUUCAUUUUGCCGAGAUUGAUGUUAGUGUAACUAAAGCAGGACAAAGAGUUUUUGACAUUUUUGUGAAUGAUGUGAAUAUUAGUAGAGUGGAUAUUUUUAUGAGUGUUGGGAGUUUUGCUGCUUAUGAUUGGAGCUAUGUGGUCAAGAAUUUGACAAAUACAAUGUUGAGUAUUAAGCUUGUUCCAGUCGUCGGUUCGCCUACAAUUUGCGGGGUUGAGAAUUAUGCUAUUGUUCCAGCUGAUCUUAAGACUCUUCCUGACCAGGCUACUGCUAUGCGUGCAUUAAAGGAGUCCCUUCGAGUUCCAGACAGGAUGGGUUGGAAUGGAGAUCCAUGUGCCCCUACUACAUGGGAUGCAUGGGAGGGGGUGGCAUGUCAUACAUUAAAGGAUGAGUCUGCGCUGGUGGUGUCCCAAAUAGAUCUUGGAAACCAAGGCUUGAAGGGUUAUAUUAGCGAUCAGAUUUCUCUCCUAUCAAAUUUGGUGAGCUUGAAUUUAAGUGCUAACUCUUUGGGUGGAGGUUUGCCAGAAGGAUUGGGUCAAAAGUCUCUUGCGAAGCUGGAUCUAUCAGACAACAAGUUCACGGGGUCCAUACCCGAUAGUCUAACUUCUUCUAAUUUGCAACUUGUGCUUUUGAAUGAUAAUCAGCUGGAUGGCAGAGUGCCAGAGGAACUUUAUUCGAUUGGCGUUCAUGGUGGAGCUAUUGAUCUCUCUGGUAACAAGGGGUUAUGUGGUGUACCUCCCCUGCGUGAUUGUCCUUUAUUCUGGGGAAAGGAUGGCUUAUCUACUGGUGGUAAAGUUGCAAUUGGUCUAUCAUGUCUUUUUGUCUUUUGCAUGUUGCUGCUUGCGAUACACAUGUGCAUCAAGAGACGGCGCAAUGACUAUGAUUUUGGUUUACCGCACGAGUUGAUGUCAUUGGCUGCAAAAAGAAACAGGUAUCAAAGGCAGAAAUCUUUGAUGGCUCUUGAAAUGGAGAGCCAACACGCCAAAGGAUUCAUACCAACUUACAGCUCAAAUUGACAGAGCAUUUUCACGAGUAGUGUAGUGGAACAUUAGGAUUUAGACAGACCACAGCUUGCCAAGAGGGCAAACGGAGGGGACCUCAGCUGUGUCGACACAGUGGGCGGAGACCGGCGGAUAUGAUACGUGUUGACAUGCAAAUGGCUUGGCAAAGAUGUGACUUGUUUUGGCUCUUUCUCAACAAUUUGUAUUGAAAUGGGGUCCUGGAAAACCACAUGGUUUUGUAGAGUGCAAUGUAUCUUCAUUUAUUCAUUUGAUCAAAGCCCCCUAAAAUCCCCGCUAAAAGAGAGAACAUAGAUAAAAGAAGAAGAAGACAGACAGCGAGUGAGAUAGAGCAAAUGCCCCCGAUGUAUUAUACCCAAUUUUCGGCAUUUGAAGAAACAUAUUAUGUGAAUUCAGAUUGUAGAUAAAAACCAUUUAUUCUUUU